CACAGUCUGAGGCAGGAGUUUAAAUCAUGGCUCUCUCUUGUUCUUAUAACACCAUUUAUCUGCUGUCCACUCUGAAUCUUUAUCUGCUCAUCAUUUCUGCUCUUCUCUCUCUGAUCUUCAGGCUUUCCAUCGACAUGUCCUUGCUGCUGUGUCAGUGGGUAAGAAGAGGCAGAGUGGGCUGUCCACUGGCUGUUGAAGAGCUUUCUCUGGUGCCUGAGAAAGUCCAACCAUCAGAGAGAGUAUUGCUGAGGGCUGUCAGUAGUUUGGCCUCCCUGCUGAGAUCCUGGACAGUCAGACGGUUAGACCUGACUGAGACCUGCAUCCCUGCUCAGAGACUCAUGACACUGCUGCUCCAUGAUGGUCCUCUAACAAUCAAACUGAGUGAAGAGAACUUCCAGCAGCUUCUGGUCCUCCUCCAUGAAGUCCAGGACAAGAACUUGACUUUGUCCUUCUUGAGUAAGGUUGGUGGAGACCUGAGCUCCUGCUGUCUGAACUGGGAGCUUCUUCUCUAUCUGCUGCAGCAGUGGUCAGCUCAGACCAUCACUGUGGACCUGAGGAGGAACCUCUUCUUACAGGAGGAGACCACACGUCUGCUUCCUUUUCUGGACAAGAUCGUGUUUAGAAGGCCCAGUCCCAGCUUUGUGAUGACCUCCAUCAGAGAGCUCCACAGAGCUCAUGCCAGUCACGCUGUACCCAGUUUACUGAGGUCAUUUGAUCAUGUGAUCAACCUGAGCUGCAGAGAGCUGGACUCAGUGGACUGUGCUGCUCUGAUCUUCAUCCUCAAACAUGGAGACAGAGUUAAACUGAACCUCCUGUGGACCUCCAUACCAGCAGAGGGAAUAGAGUCCAUCCUCUUCAUGCUGCACAGAGUUUCUGAUCUCAGUGUUGACAGGAAUCAGCUGCUGAGGUUCAUCCGCUGCUGUGCUGCCUGUGACGCCCAGCAGGAGGCAGCGUCAGGCCUGCUGAGGACUCUGCAGCACAGCUUGGAUCUGUCCUGCUCUGGAUCUGAGCUACCAGAGGAGGGUCAGACUGAGCCUCUGAGUCUGACUGCUGAUGACUGCAGGGCCGUCUCCACCGUCCUGAGACACAGCAGCCGGGACACACAGCUCGACCUGCGAGACUGUGAGGUGGAGGACAGCGUGCUGGACCUGCUGUUUCCCGUCCUCCACAGGGUCCACCUCAGAGUCAGUAAAACUGUCCUCCUCCAGCUGCUGUCUCUGGUUCCUGUGAACACUGAGGGGGACACAGCGAGGCGGGCGGAGUCCCUGUGCAGAGCCCUGGGUGGAGAGCUGGAUCUCAGCCACACCACCCUGGAUCAGAGGGCCUGUGGGGCUUUGGUCCAGAUGCUGGACUCGUGUGAAGGGCUGACAGAGCUGGACCUCAGUCACUGUCAGCUCACUGACCAGCUGCUGCUCACUCUCAUCACACAUCUGCACAAAGUCCAAGUCCUGGAUCUGAGUCACAAUCAGCUCACUGAUGCUUCGACUGCUGCGUUACUCCAGCUGCUCUCCAUCAACCCCUCCAUUGACUGUGUGCAACUCUUCAGCAACAACAUCGAGCACAGAGCAGCCUUUAAGGAACACGAGCAGUUUGAGAUCUGGUGAAGUCGUCGUCAUCAUCAGGGAGUCGUUGGUUCCUCUCGUCAUCGUUACAUUAAAGUAUUGGGUGGAGAGCAGACACUGAUGCUGCCCUCAUACAUUAAUGUAUGACAUCAACAUUAGAUCAGACAAGUUCUGAUGACUACAUUAGAUAUUUUAAAUAUUGUGAUUAAGAAAACAGUUAUUUCAAAUCAAAGAUCAUAUCUUCCAUCUUUGUAUCUGAAGUGUUGCAGACUUUUGUUUUAUGGAGCUCUGAUUCCAGCUGACUGUCAUCCUGAUGUUUACACAUUAGAUUGUUUGGUUGUGAUUGUGACUGAAUUAUUUCCUCACAGUGAAACAAAGAGAGACCAUCACAGUGACAUCAGUGAGCCGACCUCACUGAGUUUAUGGAGCUUUGUAAUAACUGCAGGUCUGCAUGUUUCAGCUAAAACUGAGUAAUUUAUAACGACUUCUCAGAGUAAUGAUGUAAUAAUUAACAUGUCAGUAUGUUCAUGCUUAUUGGUCCAUUUAAGUUUGUUCCUUUUCUGUGACAAUAUAAAGAGAAUAUUGAUAAAAAUGGUUAAAAGCAUAAAGUCUGUUUUCUGAAAUAAAAAUGCACUAAAAUUUCACACUAUGCAUUUUCCUGAUGGGAAUCUCUCAUACUUUAAGGGUU